CAUUUUCAGACAUUGUACGUUGGACCAACGGACGAUUACAAUGAGCUGCUGUCGCAAUUCAUUCCAAAUCCAUUUGCCGCAGAGUUCGAAUGUACACCAAACGAUGUGAAAGGAGGCAUUUAUAUCACGGAAAAUAUUUUAUAUGCUUCUGUUCGAGAGAUGGAUUGGAGACUUGAAAUAGCUGAUAUGAUUGUAAUGACCGAGUGGAAAUGUCCAAAUUGUGAAUUUAGCUUUAAUAUGACGGGAAUUCAAAAACUACAGCACAUGAAUGUAUGUAAGCCGCAGCCCAAAUUUGAUGAUUCAAGCAAUCAAGGUGAAGUAGUUGAGCAAAAAAUGAACGACCGCCCACAGAGCAGCAACACCAAACUGUUUAAUUCUCCAAGUUGUAAAAAAGACCUCUAUUUGACAUCUAUCGAAACAUUGAAGCAUCGAAAAUCGUGUCAAAAGCAAUCUGAAUAGGCGUACUGAUGAAUCUUUCAUCGAAAUUUCUAUAUCAAGUUCUGAAUAAAAGUGUAAUUUAGGGUGUUCAGGUUUGGGGAGUCAAAUAAGAAUAUAUGAUUUCUACGUAGAUUUCGGCCCAAAAAAUCGGAAUCAAACAAUAAAUCGUCCUUCAUUGCUAAUAAAUUUGGAAUUUCACCGAAAUAUAACCGUUUUUAUGUGUUAGUACUAAUUGACUCUUUGUAGCUCAAAUUGUCUAAUGUUCUAAAAAUUGGCAAUGUGAACCGAUCCUUAUGACAUUUGACAUUCACUUCAGCAGUUUUCGAAAUCUCACAGACGCCGCAUCAUUCAUUCCGAGAAAACAUACAGCGUUGUGAACACCAAGUCAACAAAUUGAAACUCUUACAUUUUAUCUUAGAAUUUAAACUGGAAAUUCACACUGCAAUUUAAUUUAUCUACGAUUUUGCUGGUAUUUCAUUUCGUAUUAUUUUCGAUUUACGUGCGUUUUGUAUCGAUUUGAUCCGGAGUUCACAUUGAAUUCAAGUCGCCAAAGUUAGGACAAUGGCGAAUCGUUUCAAGCCAUCAAUACCAGCGGAGGGAGAGACGAAAGAUGAAAUUACGACGAUCAAAUGUGCGCUAAAGACAAUCAUUCGCCCACAAUACCAGCAAGCAUUGAUGAGCAAAAUAACGGAUCUGAGCUUGCAAGCCACUUCCAUUUGUGUUUUGGGCUCAUUGCUGUUCUUGUUUGAGGUGCAAAAGGCAUUCGAAUAUAGGCGUCGAGAACAAUAAUUUCGCAUUGUUUGGUGGAAGUGGAGAAGAUAAGAUCAAACUCUGCUUCGAACAAGUGCUAUGGCACAACAAUCAGCCACCAAAACCGAAGUCAAGGUAUAAACCAAGCGGAACAAAGCCACGAGGACCACGAGCAGAGCUGCCACGUAUCGAUCCUGAAUUCAAAGCAAUUGUCGAAGGUCUUGACGACUAUCAUCGUAUCGAUUGGCCCAACAACAAAGAUUUCAGCAAUGGCCUUAAGCAUUUGACAAAUCAGUACACAGAUAACGUCGUCACCAAUUUAACAACGCAUGCUAACAAACACAUCACCCAGUACUUGAAACUGAAGGUUUUCCAAUGGAACUCAGACGUAGGAGAUGAUGCAGAGAAAUUUUUGCCAAGUGACAUCGCAAGUGUUGUGAAUCUGAUCAUCAAACAAAAAGACGUCAAAGUGCCAAUUCGGGAUCCAAACAAACUCGAACGGUGUAGCGUGUUGUAUGACAUGGUGAACGACCUGAAUGUGUUCCCAGAUAUCGAUCUGCAUGACCUCACGACUGGCAAACAACAUUGGUUUAAGGCCAUGCCAAUGUACCUAUCUAUGCAGCGCGAGAUAGAAGAGUACAAUUCGGAGUGGCCACAUCAGCGCCGACCCAAACGUAAGAAAAGAAAGCGAAAAAAGACAAAAGGAAAAUGGAAACGCAAGCGCAGCCAAAUGCUCGACAACCCAGAUUUUCGGCCAUUGAUUCGGAAUUUAGUAGUGGUGCCGAUGUGUGAUUUCCGGCAUACGCACUUCAGAAUCGAUUGUACAUCCAUGCGACAGGUGUUGUCUUCGCAAAAAUUGUUGCCGAAAGUGGAAAUUGAGAAUAAAAAAGGAACAACAAGUACAACAAUUAUUCCAGCAAAGGAUUUCAAUCGGGACAGAGAUUAUUGGUGGAAUCAGUAUUUUUACAUGCGAAAAAUUCGACGAUUCGUACGUGGCAAAAAGCAGUUUGACUUUUCCAUAAACACCGAUGGAAUCUCUGUGUCUCUCCAGUACUCGGCCAAAAAGAAGACAGUUAACAAAGAAAUCGACCAAAAAUCUCGCAUCAUUCAGAAGAUUGAGGAUGGCACAAUUAAAAAUUAUUCGGGCGUUGAUUCAGGUGUGCGAAGUUGGAAUACCACAACAACACACGACAUUGAAACUGGCAAAGAAACCAACUUUGUAAUGUCGAGCAAGCAAUUCCACUAGCAAACAGGUCAAAAGGUGCGAAAUGCCAAAGCAAAGCGAUGGACCAAACAUUUCGUCGAAAUGGAGCGCGCAGACAGAGAAAAUCGUGAGCUGUAUCCAGUGAUGCCGUCGCCAAAAGGGUCAAUGUGGCUGAACUACAUCAAACACCAAGUCAAGAUGAUGAAGCAUGGAAUCUGCGCUUACUCGACUGCCAAAUACACUCGACUCGCCUUGGACAAACACAUCAAGAGCAGUAGUGUUGUCGACGAAUGGGUGAAUAAGGUGACCGAUAAGAAACCGACUCUGUUCUUUUUUGGUGCUGAUGGCGAAAUACCACCUGAUAGCCCAAUAAGUAUCAAGAAGCACGUGCGCUGCCCAGGGGUUCGUUUGACUUUGAGGUCAAUAAAGAAGCGCCGAGAUUGUUUCAUACAAUUGGUGGACGAAUGGGGAACAUCUCAAACAGACGCAAGAUGUAUGAAUCGAUUCCAAAACCAGAACAAAGCGGCCAGAUUCAAGAAAUGCCGAUGCGUACCCGACGCCAGAACAUUGCUGCCAACGAAAAUUGUGUCAAAGUUGGGCAAAACGGAUCUAUCGAUCUACCGACAGUUGCAACGCGCCAUGAACGAAGAAGCAUUGGUAGGAGACGAGCGUUUAUUCCCAAAAGUAAAAUGUUACUACAAAAACUGGCGAUUAAACCUCGAAUGCUCUGUGAUUUGGCAUCGUGACGUCGUGGCUGCAAAGAACAUUCUACUGAAAGGACUAUGGACAUUACUGGGACUUCCGAUACCAGAGGCGAUCAAUAGGUAUUGGCGCGAAGCUGCUGAAGCAGCCGCUGCUGCUGCCGCUAGAGCAACCGCUGAAGCAGCCGCUGUUGCUGUCGCCAUCGUGGAUAAUGAUGUAGAAAUGUUCGAGUACGACCAGCAGCCAGCUGAUCAUGCUGUCUAAUCAGCACAUUGCAAACAAACAAAAAACAAAUGUAACAUUAGUUAUUAAAGGCUAUCCCGAUCAUGUGGGAUAGUUGCGUUGAAGCAAGUUGACUCCCCAUCUGGUUGAUGUUAACUGCGCAGGAGUACUCUAGUGGGUCGUUUAGAUUAGCUGAACACCCUAGUGUAAUUCCAUGUAACAGCUCCCAACAAAAAUUUAUUCAUUGAUAGGAUAUCUGACGGCGUUGGCUGGAAAAUCGAUGCGUGUAUAAAAAAGAGUUGGAAAAACUACAUCGAUUUUGCGAUACCGACCUGAAUAAUCUUUCGAUCGGCCGCUGCUCGUAUGUAUGGCAGUGUUAAUAAAAUAUGGCCCAUGCGAGUGGCACCGCCACUCGACUCGGCGAGCAAUUUCAACAAUUCAUCUUGGAGCAUGGCAAUUUCGCAGGUAGACGUUAAGCCAACACAGUCUAGAAAUCGAUUUUAAUAGUUAAAAAUAUUUGUUACAUAGUAAAUAUUUUCCACAUUCAAAAAGUCAGAAAAUACGCGACAGUGGGAGCGACAAGAGUGAAAACAAGCUCCGCUUACUGUAUUAUAUCUUCAUGAACCGGUAGCUAUCGUAGUACUAUAAGCACAUGCAAUGCACUCACCGGGUCGAAAUAGUAUGAGCGUUUUCAAGCAUGAUACUUCGGUGUGGUUCAGUCGCAACAGCAAAAUCUGAUGAAUGACUUUGUACAAUUUAUGAAUUGCAAUGUAAAUGGGCUCGGUCGUCGUGGACUCAAUUCAGAUUCACUUUUCGAUGAAAGCGGCAAGAUGUUACGACUCAAAUAUGGAUUCACUUCCAAAGCAGAUUUUGUUGGUAUUGUUGAAUUUGCCGCAAUUAACGGUUGUGGUGGAGGCGGCGGGGAUAGCCCACCAUUCGAUGUGGCAAAAUGCAACGAGUCGAUGACAUUCGAUUGAAAUGUGUAUCUGUACUACAAUGAUGAUGAAAUUAGUUGAAUAAAAGUUGAAAAACACUCUCUCAUUCUGAUUCAACAAAUAAUUUUAUUUUCUUUAUACAAGAAUUUACAGUAUUUAGGUGCUAAAAUUAGAAUAAACUUAUUUUAUUGCGAUUUCAUGAACUUGAACUAUUGAAUUGAAUGCGUCUUUCUUCGGUUGCAUUAUUGAUUACAAAAAACAUUCUUUGAAAAAAUGGAUUUUUUUGUUUCUUGUUUUGUGGUUUGAUUUUAACAAAUAGAGACUCAAUAUGAGUUCAGUUUUGAUCGGAGGGCAAGCAUGGCUGACAUGGAUUUUCAUUGUGUUUCGACGUAGAUGGCUCACACUGAUUUGCUUUAUCGUUGUUGGUGUUUUCUUCGUUAUUCCCACCCAAAGAAAAAUCUUUUUGCAGAUCUUUUUUUUUGUUUGACAUUUUUAGAGUUUUAAAAUGAAUAUUAAAACCAAAAUAAAUAUAUGUAUAAUCACAGUGCAAAAAAGAAAACUAAACUUCGCUUAUUUUAUAGACAGUAGCUUGAUACACACAGCUUAUAUUAGGUACCAAUACUAAUACCAAUACACAAGUCGUAAACGAUUCUGUGCACACGGGUGUCUGUACUAAAAAAACGAGCACUUUGACAGCUCUCAAUUGUUUAAUGACACAACCUCGCUGAUAGCCAACUAAUUGGUGCUUCCGUGUUUUUGUACUCGUCUGUUGUUGUUUUUUUCUUCUUUUUGAACAUUUUUUCUUUAUUUUUCAAAAACAAAAUAGUCAUUCAUUCUACACCUUUUUAAAAAAUAUUAAUCAUAAUUUGAAAUAAUGAGAUAAGAUUGCAAAGCAACACCGAACGAUCCGAUGUUAAGCAGAAAGAUGAAUCGGUCGUUUGUUUUUGGUAUAAUUGUUGCAUCGACCACUUGGUGUUUCAGUUUGUAUUUGUAUUGGCUGCUUACGAAAAAUUCAUCGGAAGUUUCACGCAGCAAUUUCUCAUGGUCUCCUAGCCAAGAUUCACAGCAAUAUGUAGCUUUAAAGCAUACACAAAUUGGACUGAACCAAUUGAACGAUGACGAAAAAUCACGGCGAGUACAAGAACAGAAGGACCAUCUGUUUAAAAAGUUCAAAAAAGAGAAGAAAUUGCGGAAGAUUAGUCAACGGUUGAUGGAUGAAUUGAAGCCGAUCGAAGAGAAUGGUGGCCCAGAUGAAUUCGGUAUGGUGAAAAACGUCGAGGAACAGUAUUUGCGUGAUAUCGGCUACAAGCGACAUGCGUUCAACAUUCUCGUCAGCUCAAAAAUUGGGCUAACAAGAAAUAUUCCCGACACACGAAACAAAUUAUGUGAAAAAGAGAAUUAUCCGGUCAAAAAUCUCCCAACCGUAUCAAUUAUUAUUUGUUUCUACAAUGAACACAUCGUGACUUUGUUGCGUUCAAUCAAAUCUGUACUGGAUCGAACUCCGUCGCAUUUGCUAACUGAAAUUAUUUUAGUCGAUGAUUUCAGCGAUUCGGAAGAUUUGAAGGCGAAAUUAGACAGCGAAAUUGAAGUGUUGAGCGCAGAUAAAAUACGAAUUAUUCGAAAUGAUAAGCGAGAAGGUCUCAUUCGAUCGCGGGUGUAUGGAGCACGCAAGGCAAAAGGAGAUGUAUUACUAUUUUUGGAUAGCCAUAUCGAGUGUAAUACAAAUUAUGUUGAACCACUGUUGUAUCGUAUUAAAGACGAUCGUCGAGUACUGGCCAUUCCAGUCAUUGACAUCAUCAAUCCGGAUACGUUCGUUUAUAGACCGAGUCCAUUGGUGAGAGGUGGAUUCAAUUGGGGACUGCAUUUCAAAUGGGAUCAAUUGCCAGAAGGUACCUUGGUAAAAGAUGCCGAUUUUCUCGGCCCAUUUAAAUCGCCUACGAUGGCCGGUGGACUUUUUGCCAUUGAUCGGCUUUAUUUCACUGAACUUGGCGAAUAUGAUUUAGGCAUGGACAUAUGGGGUGGUGAGAACCUUGAGAUCUCAUUUCGAGCAUGGCAGUGUGGUGGCAGCUUGGAGAUUAUACCUUGCUCAAGAAUUGGCCACGUUUUUCGUAAGCGUAGACCGUAUAGCGGAACCGAUGGCGUCGAUACAAUGGUCAGAAAUUCUCUUCGAAUGGCACAUGUCUGGAUGGAUGACUACCUUGAUUAUUUCCUACAACAGCAAAGCAGCGCAAGAAAAGUCGAUUAUGGAAAUGUUACUGAGCGAGUUGCACUACGAAAACGCUUGAAUUGUAAGCCAUUUAGCUGGUACUUACAAAAUGUGUACCCGCAACUUGCGGUGCCGGGCGAGACGAAGAAAGCAAACAAUUUGGAGAAAGCAGUUUAUCAACCGUGGCAUUCGAGGAAACGUAAUUAUACCGAUAAUUACAUGAUCCGCCUGACGAAUAGUAGCCUUUGCUUGUCGGCUAGUGGUGAGAAAGACAAUGGUUUUUGGAAACGUAACACAAACAUCAUACUUUCACCGUGCUUACGAGUUAAAAGUCAAGUUUGGUAUGAAACCGAUAAGCAUGAGUUGGUGUUAGGACAAAUUCUCUGUUUGGAAGCAUCGAGUGCGUCAAGCUCUUCGCCGCCAGUCAUCAACAAAUGCCAUGAAAUGGGAGGCGACCAAGAAUGGAAACAUCGAAAUACGAAUCAAACACCAAUUUACAAUUUAGCAGCCGGCACGUGUUUAUAUGUCGAACAACCGAAAGCUGGUGCUAUAGUUCAAUUAGGUUUAUGUUCGAAUGAUGCAAACAGCAGCUGGGAUCUGGUUAAGAAAACAUUGUGAUUGUAAUUAUUGGGCUGAGAUAAUGCAUAUGCCCACAAACAGCUAUUAGAACUAAGAUUGAAUAUUCGAUUCUCAUGAGCUAGCACAAAGAUGUGCAAUUCAAAGUAUUAAGUCAAUGUAAUUGUACUAUAUUUUAACCUUUUCAAUUGAUAUUGAAACUGAAUUUCCAAAAAAAUGCUGUCCAGAAUGUGUGUGCCCAAGCAUUCCAAAAAUGUCCACCCGAAAAAUAUGUGAAACCUACUCUAUCUCCUUUAUUGGACAAUAUUCCAUUGUUUUUUUUUUAAGAAGAAAUAUUUUUUAACGCCAAUUAAAUAAAAUCCACUAUUUUAGAUGAGUUUUUGUAAAAUUUCUUUAUGAAAUAAAAUCCAUCAAACAUUUCAA